AUGGCGCAGGGAAACAAAGUCCUUUCAUCUCAGUCACUCACGCCGGAGCUUCCAACUCUUCCUUUCGAUCUAAUUGCUGAAAUUCUAUGCAGGCUUCCUGUGAAGUUUCUCUUUCAACUUCGAUGCGUAUGUAAGUUCUUUCAUUCUCUUAUUUCUGAUCCAAAAUUUGCAAAGAAUCACCUUCAAUUGUCAACAAAGCGCCACCACCUCAUGAUAGCCUCUAUGAACAACUUGGCUGAUUUAGUUCUAUAUGAUUCUCCAAUCCACUCAGUUUUUUCUACUUCUACCAUUGUUACACAGACACAACUUUACCCUCCUAAUACUCUCACAAAUGGAUCUAAAUACGUGGACGUAUUGUGCUCUUGCGAUGGCAUUUUUUGUUGUUUUCUCAAGCCUGGUUCUUAUGUUUUGUGGAACCCUUCCAUUAGAAAAUUUAAGUUAUUGCCUCCUUUGGAAAUUCGACGCAGACAUGAUACUUUUUUCAUAAGCUUCGGGUAUGAUCAUUUCAUUGAUAAGUAUAAGGUCAUUGAUUUUGCUUCCAAAAAUGAUGUUUUUGUUUAUACUUUGGGGACUGAUUAUUGGACAAGAAUAGAGGACAUCCCACAUGAUUACCGCAUAUAUGGACGAGGAGUAUUUGUGAGUGGUACUGUUAAUUGGUAUGCAGAAGGUGAAUCAGAUGAUUAUUUGCACUUUAUUCUUUCUCUUGCUUUAGAGGAUGAGUCAUAUCGACAACUUUUCCUCCCUGAUUCUGAUAAUGAGUCAUAUUCAUGGAGGUUGGAUGUGCUGAGGGAUUGCUUGUGUGUCUUUGAAACUAGUGAUAUGUUUUUGAAUGUUUGGAUUAUGAAUAAGUACGGAAAUGAAGAGUCUUGGACUAAAUUGUUCCAUGUUCCUAACAUGCAAGAUCUUCACGGUUUCGAAGACAACUGCUGGUGGUGGAGUCUUGGACUAUAUUUGUCUGAGGAUGACCGACUGCUGAUGGAAUUUAAUGAUUUUGAAAGUUACGAUAGGAAGUUGGCUGUUUACGAUUCCAAAACUGUUACUUUUAAUAUUCUUGAGUUUCAAAACAACUGUGCUCAGAAGCACCCAAUAGUCUACAUUGAGAGUCUCAUAUCACCUUAA